GAGGGUGGCCAUAUGGCCUCGUUUCUUUUGCCUUUACCAUUAAUUUUUUCAAAUAGAUCUGCCUAGCCAUGUGGCUGGGAAUAUAGAUAAUUGUAACUUUUGUAUAAAUUAGAGUACCACAAUUUGUGUUUCUUUCAGGAUAAGGAAUAACCUAUCAAAAAAUUUAAAACUCUUCCUUUUAUAGCCUUUAGACAGUUUUUAGGGCCAGGUUUAGUGGCUUACACCUGUAAUCCUAGAACUUGGGAGAAUGAGGUGGGUGGAUCACUUGAGCCUCAGGAGUUCAAGACCAGCCUGAGCAAGAGUGAGAGCUGGUGUCUACACCAGCUACAUGAAACCAAACAAAUAGUCCAGGUGUUGUGGUGGGUGUUUGUAGUCCCAGCUACUCGGGAGGCUGAAGCAGAAGAUGGUUUGAGACUAAGAGUUUCAGGUUGCUGUGAGCUGUGACACUAUGGCACUCUACCCAGGCUGACAGAGUGAGACUAUGUCUCAAAAAAAGAAAAAAAAAAAAAGAGAAUUUUGCAAGUGUCAGCUGCUGCUGGAAGUGGCCUGGCCUCUGUUUAUCUUCCUGAUCCUGAUCUCUGUUCGGCUGAGCUACCCGCCCUACGAACAGCAUGAAUGCCACUUUCCAAAUAAAGCCAUGCCCUCAGCAGGAACACUUCCCUGGGUUCAGGGAAUCAUCUGCAAUGCCAACAACCCCUGUUUCCGUUACCCAACUCCCGGUGAGGCUCCUGGGGUCGUUGGAAACUUUAACAAAUCCAUUGUGUCCCGCCUGUUCUCAGAUGCCCAGAGGCUUCUUUUAUAUAGCCAGAAAGACACUAGCAUGAAAGACAUACACAGAGUUCUGAGAACACUGCAGCAGAUUGAGAAGUCCACCUCGAACCUGAAGCUUCAGGAUUUCCUGGUGGACAAUGAGACCUUCUCUGGGUUCCUGUAUCACAACCUGUCUCUCCCAAGGCCCACUGUGGACAGAAUGCUGAGGGCCAGUAUCAGUCUCCGCCAGGUGUUUUUGCAAGGCUACCAGUUACAUUUGAUGAAUCUGUGCAAUGGAUCAAAACUAGGAAAAGUGAUUCAGCUUGGCGACCAAGAAGUUUCCGAGCUUUGUGGUCUACCAAGGGAGAGACUGGAUGAAGCAGAACGCAUGCUUCAUUCCAACGUGGAUAUCCUGAAACCGGUGUUGAUAGGACUAAACUCUACAUCUCCCAUCCUGAGCAAGGAGCUGAAUGAAGCCACGAAAGUUCUGCUGGACAGUCUUGGGACUUUGGCCCAGGAGCUGUUCAGCAUGCGGAGCUGGAGCGACAUGCGGCAGGAAGUGAUGUUUCUGACCAAUGCGAACGGCUCCAGCUCCUCCACCCAGAUAUACCAGGCCGUGUCUCGCAUCGUCUGUGGCCAUCCCGAGGGCGGGGGACUGAAGAUCAAGUCCCUCAACUGGUAUGAAGACAACAACUACAAGGCCCUCUUUGGAGGCAAUGGCACUGAGGACGAUGCUGACACCUUCUAUGACAACUCUACUACUCCUUACUGCAAUGAUUUGAUGAAGAAUUUGGAGUCUAGUCCUCUUUCUCGCAUUAUUUGGAAAGCUCUCAAGCCUCUACUUCUUGGGAAGAUCCUGUAUACACCUGACACUCCAGCCACAAGGCAGGUUAUGGCUGAGGUGAACAAGACCUUCCAGGAACUGUCUGUAUUUCAUGAUCUGGAAGGCAUGUGGGCAGAACUCAGCCCCAAGAUCUGGACCUUCAUGGAGAAGAGCCAAGAAAUGGAUCUUGUUCGGAUGCUGUUGGAGAGCAGAGGCAAUGACCGGUUUUGGGAACAACAGUUGGAUGGCUUAGAUUGGACAGCCCAGGACAUUGUGGCUUUUUUGGCCAAGUACCCAGAGGAUGUCCAGUCUGAUAAUGGCUCUGUGUACACCUGGCGAGAGGCUUUAAAUGAGACUGACCAGGCAAUCCAGACUGUAUCACGCUUCAUGGAGUGUGUCAACCUGGAUAAGCUGGAGCCCAUUCCCACAGAGGUCCGGCUCAUCAACAAGUCCAUGGAGCUCCUGGAUGAGAGGAAGUUCUGGGCUGGGAUUGUGUUCACUGGAAUUACUCCAGGCAGUGUUGAGCUGCCCCAUCAUGUCAACUACAAGAUCCGAAUGGACAUUGACAAUGUGGAGAGGACAAAUAAAAUCAAGGAUGGGUACUGGGACCCUGGUCCUCGGGCUGACCCCUUUGAGGAUAUGCGGUAUGUUUGGGGUGGCUUCGCUUACCUGCAGGACGUGGUGGAGCAGGCAAUUAUCAGGGUGCUGACGGGCACCGAGAAGAAAACCGGUGUCUACGUGCAGCAGAUGCCCUACCCCUGUUACGUCGAUGACAUCUUCCUGCGAGUGAUGAGCCGCUUAAUGCCACUUUUCAUGACGCUGGCCUGGAUCUACUCUGUGGCGAUGAUCAUCAAGGGCAUUGUGUAUGAGAAGGAGGCACGGCUGAAAGAGACCAUGCGUAUCAUGGGCCUGGACAACGGCAUCCUCUGGUUUAGCUGGUUCAUCAGUAGCCUCGUCCCUCUGCUCGUGAGCGCGGGCCUGCUGGUGGUCAUCCUGAAGUUAGGGAACCUGCUGCCUUACAGCGAGCCCAGCGUGGUGUUUGUCUUCCUGUCGGUGUUCGCCGUGGUGACCAUCCUGCAGUGCUUCCUCAUCAGCACACUCUUCUCCAGAGCCAACCUGGCGGCAGCCUGUGGGGGCAUCAUCUACUUUAUGCUGUACCUGCCCUAUGUCCUGUGUGUGGCAUGGCAGGACUACGUGGGCUUCACACUCAAGAUCUUCGCUAGCCUACUGUCACCUGUGGCUUUCGGGUUUGGCUGUGAAUACUUCGCCCUUUUUGAGGAGCAGGGCAUUGGGGUGCAGUGGGAUAACCUGUUUAAGAGCCCCGUGGAGGAAGACGGCUUCAAUCUCACCACGUCGGUCUCCAUGAUGCUGUUUGAUAGCUUCCUCUAUGGGGUGAUGACAUGGUACAUCGAGGCCGUCUUCCCAGGCCAGUAUGGCAUUCCCAGGCCCUGGUAUUUUCCUUGUACCAAGUCUUACUGGUUUGGUGAGGAAAGUGAGGAGAAGAGCCACCCUGGCUCCAGUCACAAGGGAGUAUCAGAAAUCUGUAUGGAGGAGGAACCCACCCACCUGAAGCUGGGCGUGUCCAUUCAGAACCUGGUAAAAGUUUACCAGGAUGGUAUGAAAGUGGCUGUGGAUGGCCUGGCACUGAAUUUUUAUGAGGGACAGAUCACCUCCUUCCUGGGGCACAACGGAGCUGGGAAGACGACCACCAUGUCAAUCCUGACUGGGUUAUUCCCUCCCACCUCAGGCACUGCCUACAUCUUGGGAAAAGACAUUCGCUCUGAGAUGAGUACCAUCCGGCAGAACCUGGGGGUCUGUCCCCAGCACAAUGUGCUGUUUGACAUGCUGACUGUCGAAGAGCAUAUCUGGUUCUAUGCCCGUUUAAAGGGACUUUCAGAGAAGUAUGUGAAGGCAGAGAUGGAGCAGAUGGCUCUGGAUGUUGGUUUGCCGCCCAGCAAGCUGAAAAGCAAAACGAGCCAGCUGUCAGGUGGAAUGCAGAGAAAGCUAUCUGUGGCUUUGGCCUUUGUGGGGGGAUCCAAGGUUGUCAUUCUGGACGAGCCCACGGCUGGUGUGGACCCUUACUCCCGAAGGGGAAUCUGGGAGCUGCUGCUGAAAUACCGACAAGGCCGCACCAUUAUCCUCUCCACACACCACAUGGAUGAAGCGGACAUCUUGGGGGACAGGAUUGCCAUUAUCUCCCAUGGGAAGCUGUGCUGUGUGGGCUCCUCCCUGUUUCUGAAGAACCAGCUGGGAACAGGUUACUACCUGACCCUGGUUAAGAAAGAUGUGGAAUCCUCCCUCAGUUCUUGCAGAAAUAGCAGCAGUACAGUGUCAUACCUGAAAAAGGAGGACAGUGUUUCUCAGAGCAGUUCUGAUGCUGGCCUGGGCAGCGACCAUGAAAGUGACACGCUGACCAUCGAUGUCUCCGCUAUCUCCAACCUCAUCAGGAAGCAUGUGUCUGAAGCCCGGCUGGUGGAAGACAUCGGGCAUGAACUGACCUACGUGCUGCCCUAUGAAGCUGCUAAAGAGGGGGCCUUUGUGGAACUCUUCCAUGAGAUUGAUGACCGGCUCUCAGACCUGGGCAUCUCUAGUUAUGGCAUUUCAGAGACUACCCUGGAAGAAAUAUUCCUCAAAGUGGCUGAAGAGAGUGGUGUGGAUGCUGAGACCUCAGAUGGUACUUUGCCAGCAAGACGAAACAGACGGGCCUUUGGAGACAGGCAGAGCUGUCUUCGCCCAUUCACCGAAGACGAUGCCAUUGAUCCGAAUGAUUCUGACAUAGACCCAGAAUCCAGAGAGACAGACCUGCUGAGUGGGAUGGAUGGCAAAGGCUCCUACCAGGUGAAGGGCUGGAAACUCACACAGCAGCAGUUUGUGGCCCUUUUGUGGAAGAGGCUGCUGAUUGCCAGACGGAGUCGGAAAGGAUUUUUUGCUCAGAUUGUCCUGCCAGCUGUGUUUGUCUGCAUUGCCCUGGUGUUCAGCCUGAUUGUACCACCGUUUGGCAAAUACCCCAGCCUGGAACUUCAGCCCUGGAUGUACAACGAACAGUACACAUUUGUCAGCAAUGAUGCUCCUGAGGACAGGGGAACCCAGGAACUCUUGAACGCUCUCACCAAAGACCCUGGCUUCGGGACCCGGUGUAUGGAAGGAAAUCCAAUCCCAGACACGCCUUGUCUGUCAGGGGAGGAGGAGUGGACCACUGCCCCAAUUCCCCAGACCAUCAUGGACCUUUUCCAGAAUGGGAACUGGACGAUGGAGAACCCCUCGCCCGCCUGCCAGUGUAGCAGUGACAAGAUCAAGAAGAUGCUGCCCGUGUGUCCUCCAGGGGCAGGGGGGCUGCCUCCUCCUCAAAGAAAACAGAACACUGCAGACAUCCUUCAGAACCUGACGGGAAGAAACAUUUCGGAUUAUCUGGUGAAGACAUACGUGCAGAUCAUAGCAAAAAGCUUAAAGAACAAGGCCUGGGUGAAUGAGUUUAGGUAUGGUGGGUUUUCCCUGGGUGUCAGUAAUCCUCAAGCACUUCCUCCGAGCCAAGAAGUUAAUGAUGCCAUCAAACAAGUGAAGAAACACUUGAAACUGGCCAAGGACAGUUCUGCAGAUCGAUUUCUCAGCAACUUGGGAAGGUUUAUGACAGGACUGGACACCAAAAACAAUGUUAAGGUGUGGUUUAAUAACAAGGGCUGGCAUGCCAUCAGCUCCUUCCUGAAUGUCAUCAACAAUGCCAUUCUGCGGGCCAACCUGCAGAGGGGAAAGAAUCCGAGCCAAUAUGGGAUUACUGCUUUCAAUCACCCCCUGAAUCUCACCAAGCAGCAGCUCUCAGAGGUGGCUCUGAUGACCACAUCAGUGGACGUCCUUGUGUCCAUCUGUGUCAUCUUUGCAAUGUCCUUCGUCCCAGCCAGCUUUGUCGUGUUCUUGAUCCAGGAACGGGUCAGCAAAGCGAAGCACCUGCAGUUCAUCAGCGGGGUGAAGCCUGUCAUCUACUGGCUUUCCAAUUUUGUCUGGGACAUGUGCAAUUACGUGGUCCCUGCCACGCUGGUCAUUAUCAUCUUCAUCUGCUUCCAGCAGAAGUCCUAUGUGUCCUCCACCAACCUGCCUGUGCUAGCCCUUCUACUUUUGCUGUACGGGUGGUCAAUCACACCACUCAUGUACCCAGCCUCCUUCGUGUUCAAGAUCCCUAGCACAGCCUAUGUGGUGCUCACCAGCGUGAACCUCUUCAUUGGCAUCAAUGGCAGCGUGGCCACCUUUGUGCUGGAGCUCUUUACCAACAAUAAGCUGAAUAACAUCAAUGAUAUCCUGAAGUCAGUAUUCUUGAUCUUCCCACAUUUUUGCCUGGGACGAGGGCUAAUUGACAUGGUGAAAAACCAGGCAAUGGCUGAUGCCCUGGAAAGGUUUGGGGAGAAUCGCUUCGUAUCACCAUUAUCUUGGGACUUGGUGGGACGCAACCUCUUUGCCAUGGCCGUGGAAGGGGUGGUGUUCUUCCUCAUUACUGUUCUGAUUCAGUACAGAUUCUUCAUCAGGCCCAGGCCUAUAAAUGCAAAGCUUCCUCCUCUGAAUGAUGAGGAUGAAGAUGUGAGGCGGGAAAGACAGAGAAUUCUCGAUGGUGGAGGCCAGAAUGACAUCUUGGAAAUCAAGGAGUUGACAAAGAUAUAUAGAAGGAAGAGGAAGCCUGCUGUUGACAGGAUUUGUGUGGGAAUUCCUCCUGGUGAGUGCUUUGGACUCUUGGGAGUAAAUGGGGCUGGGAAGUCAUCAACCUUCAAGAUGUUAACUGGAGAUACCACUGUUACUAGAGGAGAUGCUUUCCUUAACAAAAAUAGUAUUUUAUCAAACAUCCAGGAAGUCCAUCAGAACAUGGGCUACUGCCCUCAGUUUGAUGCUAUCACGGAGCUGCUGACGGGGCGAGAACACGUGGAGUUCUUUGCCCUUUUGAGAGGAGUCCCAGAGAAAGAAGUUGGCAAGGUUGGUGAGUGGGCAAUUCGGAAAUUGGGCCUUGUGAAGUAUGGAGAAAAAUACGCCGGUAACUAUAGUGGAGGCAACAAGCGCAAGCUGUCCACAGCCAUGGCUUUAAUCGGGGGGCCUCCUGUGGUAUUUCUGGAUGAACCCACCACAGGCAUGGAUCCCAAAGCCCGGCGAUUCUUGUGGAAUUGUGCCCUAAGUAUUGUCAAGGAAGGAAGAUCAGUAGUGCUUACAUCUCAUAGUAUGGAAGAAUGUGAAGCUCUUUGCACUAGGAUGGCAAUUAUGGUCAAUGGAAGGUUCAGGUGUCUUGGCAGUGUCCAACAUCUGAAAAACAGGUUUGGAGAUGGUUAUACAAUAGUCGUACGAAUAGCGGGGUCCAACCCUGACCUGAAGCCUGUCCAGGAGUUCUUUGGACUUGCCUUCCCAGGAAGUGUCCUAAAAGAGAAACACCGGAACAUGCUGCAGUACCAGCUUCCCUCGUCUUUAUCUUCUCUGGCCAGGAUAUUCAGCAUACUCUCCCAGAGCAAAAAGCGACUCCACAUAGAAGACUACUCUGUUUCUCAGACAACACUUGACCAAGUAUUUGUGAACUUUGCCAAGGACCAAAGUGAUGAUGACCACUUAAAGGACCUGUCAUUACACAAAAACCAGACAGUAGUAGAUGUUGCAGUUCUCACAUCUUUUCUGCAGGAUGAGAAAGUGAAAGAAAGUUAUGUAUGAAGAAUCCUUUUUGUACAAGGUGGCUGAAAGUAAGGAGGAACUAGAUCUUCCUUUGCACCACGUGAAGUGUUCCAGAGGAAAAAGGCAGAAGUUCUUGUGGGAAGAAAUAAACUGGAUACUGUACUGAUACUGUUCAAUGCAAUGCAAUUCAAUGCAAUGAAAACAAAAUUCCAUUACAGGGGCAGUGCCUUUGUAGCCUAUGUCUCAUAUGGCUCUCAAGUGAAAAAGACUUGAAUUUAGUUUACUACUUUAUACCUAUGUGAAACGCUAGUAGGGAACCCAGUGGACAUAUGGGUUUCAAAUGAUACUUUUUUGUUCCUGUGUAUUCUCAAUGAGGUUGCAACAAUAAUUCAUCAAGUAAUCAUGGCCAGUGAUUAUUUAUCAAAAUCAAAAGGCAUACACAUCCUCCUUCAUUAAACCACGCCAUGCCAGGGGACUGGUUUUCUAGUGACACAUCUAUUGCUCACAAUGAGUGUGCCAGAAUUAUUAGUGCCAAGUUGCUCAGAAAAUCUGAACACCAUGGUGUGUCAUGCAUGCUUUUGGAAAAGCUGCUCUGCUCCAGAGUCUGUCGCCAUCCUUAAAUAUCAGGUGACAAAAUGGUGCCAUGUGUGGCUAAAGUCCUGCUUUGAGCCCCCCUUUGAGCUGCUUUGGUAGUGGUAACAUGGAAUCUGUGGGUGUCUCUAGACACAGGAAACUUGGUUCCACGGUUAUGUUGUCCUGUGUUUGGUCUAUAGGGUCAUUUUUUCCUGAGACUCCAAAUAUACAUAGAUUCUAGUAAGCGGCAGCCAAAUUGCUGGGGCUACGAGCUGCUGAGGCUGGGGUGUGGAUUAAAGGGAUGGCGCAUUCAAACCUGGGGAAACCUGUGCACAUUUGUCCUGAUUGUCUACUAACACGGUACACUGCAUCUCGAGAUCUUUUUGUUACCUGAACCAAGCAUAGUAUUAUUUCUUGUUUUGAAUUAACAUAGAAAAUGAAAAGGUAAGAGUUGUAGUUUGACAAAUAUCUUUGUACUUUUAAUGUUAUUUUGAAUUUUAAGUUAUGUCAGUGACUUCUGAAUCAUUAUAAUGGCCCCUUUCUGGAACCUGGUGGCGUACAAUAUGGCCACACUGCCUCAGUGGCAUUAUUUUCUUUUAUAAGAUUAUAGAUUGAUCAUCAGACUAGUGCCUACAAAACAAUGUGAUGGUCAACUCUCAUGACAUUUGAGUUUCUUUAAGAUCACAAAGAAUACUUUUAAUCUUAGUUCCUCAAUCAAGUAUUUUUUGAGUGUAUGCUGUAGCUGAAAGACUAUGUUUGUAUGAACGUAUGUAUGUAUGGAGGGGGAAGAAUUAAGCCUCAGAUUUCCUGUGUCAUGUUAUUUGGCUAACUGGUUUACAAGUAAUAGGUUUUUUUUGUUGUGGCUGUGGGAGCCCACUGAAAGAAUAUUUGGUGGCCUUUUUUUUUUUGGGCCGGGGUUAGGUUUGAACCUGCCACCUCCGGCAUAUGGGACCGGCACCCUACUCCUUGAGCCACAGGCGCCACCCUGGUGGCCUUUUUUGUUAAUAGCAACAAUGCAAAAGCCAAGAAAAUAUGAGGGUCACAAAGCCACACGAUGAAUUCUUUCAUAGAGAAAAUAGCUCGCUUGGAAAUGUGUCAAACAACAUAACUUAUGUUUAAUGGCAUUUUGUACAUUCAAAUAACUGUCUUUGCAGAUAGAUGUUAGACAUCCUAUUACAUCUCUGACAAUCUCAAAUUUUUCAUCUAUUCAAUCACUAAUUUGUGAAAAACAUAAAAGGAGAAAAUGUUUCCACAUGGAGUACUUUCCAGACUUUUUUUAGCCCAGUCUGAAACAAAAAUAUAAGAGAACUACUGUUUGGCAAAGUUCAAGUGAUCUUUCAAUAUUAUUACUCAUUCUUUUAACUUUUUCCAAAAUUUAAAUAUUAACGCUAAAGGUGCAAGACUUCAGAUCUAUUUCAAAUUAACAUAUAUAUAUAUAUAUGUUCUAAAUUUACGGAAUGUUAUACAAAUUAUGGUUUGAAAAGAAAAAAAUGACUAUUUUAGAGAUUAAUGUCAGUAUUAUUUUCUAAAAUAAGUAAUGAAGGCACAUUUCCAAUGACUGGUGACAUGAAAUCGUUAUAUUUUAUUUUGUCUUCGAAGAUACACAAUUCAUAGAACAAUUUAGUUUAUCCUUGUCUAAUAUUUUUCAAACUCAAGCUUCUCUUGGUUUUCCCAUUUCACUAUAAUCAUCAUGUUCUGAUUCUUCGUUAUAUUAAAUCCAUAAGCAACUCCUUCCUUUAAUGACUCUAAGGCCAUAUUAAAAAAAAAAUCAAAAGGGACUGUGAACUAUUUUGAAAUACUACAACAUUUCCAUAUAGAGUAAAAAGGAGCUUUUCUGAAGCUAGAAAUAAUCUGUAGUUACACAUCAACUUCAUUGUGUUACCACUAACGUUACUUGUUUAGACUAUCCAAAUAAUUUUUAAAACUUUCCUGUGUAAACUUAAUUAUAGUAGAAACUACCAACUCUAUAUUUAAGUAAAAUUUCUAUAGGAUCCCUGUGGAAAUGUAACCGUGAGUUUCAGAAAUUCUCAAAAGACAUGUUCAAAUAUUUCUGCUUUUGCAUCUUCUAUACACCUUGGAAAACUUAUUAACAACUGUGAAUAUGAAAAAUACAAUGAAAAUAACAAGCUCUCUAUACAUAAAUGCCCAGCACAAUUCAUUGUUAAAAACAACCAAACCUCAAACUACUGUAUUUCAUUAUCUGUAGUGAAAGCAUAUGUUUUGUGACUAUUAAAUAUUGCACAUCAUUCAUUCACUGUAAGGUAAUCAUUGACUAAAGGGAUUUCUCUAUGUUUUUUUCUUAUGGUUGUAUGUAUCAGGUAAAUUUUUUUCCAAAGAGCCAUGUGUCAUAUAUUACGGAACCACUUUGAUAUUGAGAUAUUAAUUUGUAUACUCUUGUUACAAUUUAAGAGUAAUAAUGUAAUAUUAUAGUAAUAUUGCUCCAAUUCUUUCCAAAAUUAUUGCAUCCCUUUUUACAGAAUGUUUAUACUUCCAUUAAGUAUUAGUAUGCUAUUAUCCCUCCUUAUACCUUAUGAUAAAGCUAUUUUUGUGCUUUUAUCCAUCAUUGCCCUCAUUCCAAGCACUUUACGCUGUCUGUAAUAAGAUCUAUUUUUUUGCACUGGAAUAUCUGAGAAUUGCAAAACUAAACAGACGUUUCACAAUAGAUUUCUAAGUUAAGUCAUUUUCAUUAAAAGAAAAAAUAUUUGUAUUGUAAAUAACUUUAUAUGAAGUAUUAAAAGGCAUAUUUGUAUGUUGUAAUAAGUCACAAAAUAAAGCUGUGACAGUUCUUUUGGUCU